GAUGGUUACGCCGUUUUGUGCCAAGAACCCUAGCCGGAUUGCUGGGACUCCCCUUUCUGUCCUGGGUGCUUCUGAGCCCCAUGACAAUCUUGUUAUCCCCUUUUCUAUUUUCUCUUCCUCCCCUUCCCUUCCCACCUCAUCUCCUCUCUCUGCCUUUCCUUUCCUUUCCUUUUAUUCCCUCAUCUCCCUUCCUCUACCCGUCCCUUCAAUUCCUGCCGGCUCGACUCUGUUCUUUCACCCUGUUUGUUCUUGAUUGCCUCUAUCAAACUUCAACGCCUGUUUGACUUGUUUGCUCGAUCCAACGCUUGAAUUUGAUACGACAGGAACCGCGGAGAUGGGUGUCUUGUCGACUCUGUUGGUCCCCAUGGGGCCGUUCUAUGAGCAGCUUGUGAAGCUUGGAGGACCCGCAUUGUGUGCAAUUGGGUUCGUUGCCUUUGUUUUGCUGUCCGUCAUUAUCAAUGUUCUUCAACAGCUACUUUUUAAGGACCCUGUCAAACCUCCGGUGGUCUUCCAUUACUUCCCGUUUUUCGGGAGCACGGUGAUGUACGGAAUGGAUCCUUACAAGUUCUUUUCCGACUGUCAGGAGAAGGUUCGUUUUCUAGGAUUUAUAUGCUAAUUGCGGUGUGAGGCUAAUGUUUGCUUAGUACGGAGAGGUCUUCACCUUUGUCAUGUUGGGAAGGAAUAUGACAGCGGCAUUGGGCCCCAAGGGGAAUGACUUCGUGUUUAAUGGAAAGCUUUCGGAGGUUAGCGCAGAAGAUGCCUAUGCGCAUUUGACCGUUCCUGUCUUCGGCGAGGGUGUUGUUUACGAUGUUCCCAACCAUGUUCUCAUGGAACAGAAGAAGGUUUGUCAUGCUCUCUCCGCUAACACCGGGAGCUCUGCUAAUAAGUUUUUUUGUUUCUAGUUCAUGAAAUUCGGUCUUACCACCGAGAACUUCCGUUCCUAUGUUCCUCUUAUUGUCGACCAGGUUGAGGAUUACAUCAAGAAGUCCAAAUUCUUCAAAGGCGCAAAGGGUUCUGUUCCUCUUUCGGAGAUUAUUCCCGAACUCACCAUCUUUACCGCCGCGCGUACACUCCAGGGCAAAGAGAUUCGUGAUGCUCUGGAUGGCUCUUUUGCCAAAUUGUACCACCACUUGGAUUCCGGCUUCACCCCCAUGAACUUUUUGUUCCCAUGGUUUCCCUUCCCGCAAAACAAUCGUAGGGACCAUGCUCAGCGCACCAUGGCUCAGUUCUAUAUGGACAAGAUUGAGAAGAGGCGGGCGAAUGAGAAGCAUGAUGAUGACCAGGAGCGUUCGGACAUGAUGUGGAACCUUAUGAACCGUUCCUAUAAGGAUGGGCGUAAAGUACCCGAUAAGGAGGUUGCUCAUAUGAUGAUUGCUCUUGUAAGUUUUAUCGUGCGUCGUGACGUUUUCAAGCUUCUUACAUUUUCGCUUAACAUAGCUCAUGGCUGGGCAACACACCUCAAUGGCAACCAUUACAUGGAUGUUGCUCCAUGUUGCUGCUCAACCGAAGCUUGUCGCCCAGAUUCUGGCAGAGCAGAAGCGUGUAUUUGGUGACGAACUCGCUCCUCUGUCGUAUGAGAAGCUGGUCCUCGAAUGCACCUUCCUUGGCCAAAUCAUCCGCGAAACUCUCAGAAUGCAUCCUCCGCUUCAUUCAAUUCUCCGAAAAGUCAAAUCUCCUAUGCACGUCGACGGUACCAACUGGGUUAUCCCUAAGGGUCAUUACCUGCUCGCUGCCCCGGGCGUUUCUUCCAUGGACCAGAAAUACUUCAAGGAUCCUAACAGCUUUAACCCUAGCCGCUGGGAUGGUCAGAAGGCUGAAGAAGAGACUGAGAAGUUUGAUUUCGGAUUUGGUCUUAUCUCUAAGGGCGCCGCAUCCCCUUACCUCCCGUUCGGUGCUGGCCGUCAUAGGUGCAUUGGUGAACAGUUUGCGAACGUUCAGUUGAUGACUAUCAUGGCGACUUUCGUUCGUAACUUUGAUAUGCAGAGGCCCGGCGGUGGCAGCGAUGUUCCUGCUCCUGAUUACUCUGUUUGUUCUCCUACUGCCCUUUGGGUCUUUGUGCAAUUGCUAAUGAUGGAAUCACAGUCUAUGAUCGCUCUCCCGACUCCCCCGUGCACCAUCGAGUGGGUCAGGCGUGAUCCUUAGCUUGAUUGUUGGUUUGAUGGGAGAUGGAAGGGCGGAAAUACAGACGGAUGUGGAGUUGUAAUGGGAGUUUGCUUUUACCCUCCCUUUUUGUUUUUUCCUUGACGCUCUAAACGAAAAUUUAAUCGCUUUUUCUCUAUAUAUUUCUUUUCACGUGUACAAACCUGGAUAUCGGUAUUAAUUUUGCUAGUUUCGUGAUGAUGGUGAUGCUUUUUUUUAUUUUUAGGGGAGGAUUGUUUUGAUUUCUAUUAAUUUUUUUUCUUUCCUUUUUUUUCUUUAGAUAUGCUUUGGGAACUACCAGAGACUAUGUUUGUCAUGAUUGGCUUGCCUUGCAGAGAGAAGAGCCGGGGUUUGGGGUUGGAUACAAGUAAUUUGAUCGACACAUGAUACGAUUGCUUGCGCUGUGCUGUGAUUAGGAGUGGCGGCGGCAAUGACAAUGAUCAGAUAGCAAAGUUGGGUCAGAAUGUUGGGGGAUACAGCAAGCUUUGUUGCAUGGUGACUUUUUGUUUAGCACAUGGCACUAGGGUAGAAAAGUGGUCGAGUGCUUUUCCGUG